AUGUUCAGAAUCGAACAAACUCUAAUGGGAACUUAUAUUGUUGAAUAUGAUUAUACAGCUAAAUCAUCGGACGAACUAACAAUACGAAAAGGAGAUAUUAUUACCGAUGCUUAUACAUCGGAAGAUGGAUGGUUAAAAGGAGAAUGUCGUGGAAUGAUUGGACAUUUUCCGGAUAAUUUUGUUACACCAUUACAUAAAGAAAAAGCCAAAACUCGAACGUUUUCCACAAUACAAAAUGGAAAUAAAAAUGAUACCUUACGAAAACGAUCAUUGACAACUAAUGAUACACGUAACGCUUCGCAAAAUGGGACAUUAUUUCAAGUACGAGCUGUUUAUACUUAUCUACCACUUCAUGAUGAUGAAUUAUCUAUAAAACCAAAUGAUACUAUUAAUGUUACUCAAUUGGUUGAAGAAGGUUGGUAUGAAGGUGUAUUGAAUGGUAAAGUUGGUUUAUUUCCAUCUAAUUAUGUUACGCGUAUUCAUGAUGAUCAUAAAACCAAGGGAAGCCAACCACAAUCUAAACAAAAACAUGUGAAUGGCCUUAAUGAACUCGUUAAAAAUGAAGCAUCAAAGAAACAUAUGACAACAAAAGCUCGAGUUUUGUAUGAUUAUAAGGCAACAGCUGAUGAUGAAUUAUCAUUAACAAUUAAUGAUAUUGUAACUAUACUUAACAAAAAUCUAGAAGAUGAUGGUUGGUGGAAAGGUGAAAUUAAUGGACGAAUUGGAGUAUUUCCAGAUAAUUAUGUCGAAGAAAUUUCAUCAUCAGUAAAUCUCAAACAUCGACUAAGUACACCUGAAAAUACAGCAAAACAUCCUUCUCGGAUAUUAUCAAAAACUAAAUCCGCCAAUGGUUCAUCUCAUAAUUAUUCUAAUGAGCCUCAUCAUUCGAAAAAAUCCACAUCAAUUAGUGAUGAUGAAGGUCAAUCAUCACGAAAUCGUCAUGUUGAAAAUAAUAAUAAUCUCGAUUCAAAAGAAAAAGCAAAUGAAAUGAAUAAACAAAAACCAACAACAAUUAAACGACCACCAUCAGCAACAUUAAGAAAAAAUGAAUUGGAGCCAAUCAAAACUAUUACUUCACAUGAUGAAACAAAUCAUUCACAUUCGAAUGAUAUUAAGAAUGAAUACAAAGUACAUACACCAUCUCCUCCACUAUUUCAACGAGAACCAGGUCAAUUAGAAUCACCUCGUUAUGCUAAUCGUUCAUUUUCUUUAACUAAUACAAAUAAUUCGACAUUAAAUGGUACUACUGAAUCACUUAAUUCUUCAUUUACAACAACACUUGAACAAUUACAAAAAGAUUUUACUAAAUUAAAAUCAUCAAUGAAUGAUAUGAAAUUAAAAUUUACGGAUCAAAUACAAGAUCUUAUGAAUGAAUUAGAUGAAGAAAAAAAAGUUCGUGCUACAUUACAAAUUGAAAUUGAACGUUUACAAAAACUUGUUCAAAAAUCAUCACUUAAUAAUUCAUAA